AUGCCUCCUGACGACGAAUCGAGAACUGCAGGGUCCAGUAGCAGUUCGAAACCUCAUCUCGCGUCCACGUACCGUCUCCCACAGAGCCAUAUCCCUGACCGAUUAAGAAUGGGCGAUGAUGAACAUGAGGAUAUGACCGCUCCGCCUGCAGGCACAGCUGGUCGUGGAGGGAGGGCCCCAUAUAUGCACCAGUCCGUCUUCUCCAUGAUCGCUGCCGCGAGCUCUAAAAACGAUUUCCACAACCGUUUCGAUGAAUCUAGCGAUGCGGAAGAUGAGGAUGCGGAUGCGGCCCGGCUGUCCAAGGACCGCUUCUUAUCGAAUGAUGGUGUCGAUGGUCGUCGUGAUGGUAGUGCUUCAACUAGCCAUCUUCUGAAUAUCGCUAAGCGGGACAAGUCAUCCGUACCCAACGCAGUGGAGGACCGUGGUCGACCGCAUCAUCGGAAGAGACUUUCGGAAAACAAGUUUUUGAAGUCCCUAGCGAAACUACCACAUAGGGGUAAUAAAGGCAAGGUGCCAGCACCUGAACCGGAACCGGAACUCGAUCCAACAGUUACAAGCGAGCCGUCCUCGACCAAAGCUGUACGGCUGGUGGCCGCUACGGAGGCUCCAGUCCUGAGCCGCAUGCUCGACGCACAGUCUCGCUUUGGCGAAUCUGAACCGCUGCUUAACCCGACAGAACUUCCAGGGAAACCUUGUUGUCAACGAAAGGAAUUGUCGCCUUCAUCCCUACUUUCCGCGCGACUCAUGGAUAUUUUUGGAUUUGAUAGACCGGAAAAGGUCAUAUCAGAAUAUCAAUGCUGGUUGCUCCAGAGUGUGUUGCUUCAGGGAUAUAUGUAUAUCACCGAAAAGCAUAUCAGCUUCUACGCCUACCUUCCGAAAAAGCCCCAUACCAUCAUCAAAUCAGGUUAUCUCUCGAAGCGAGGACGCCAAAAUCCGAAGUACAAUCGGUACUGGGUUGCCCUCAAAGAGGAUGUAUUAUCCUAUUAUAUGGAUCCUUCAAACUUGUAUUUUCCAAGUGGUCAUGUCGACCUACGUUAUGGGAUAUCCGCCAAUCUCGCAGAACAGAAGGAUAAGGAUAAAGAUACAGAUAACAACGUAAAGGAUUUCACCAUCACGACAAACAAUCGAAUAUACCAGUUUCGGGCCGAUAGUGCGACGAGCGCGAGGGAAUGGGUGAAGACCUUACAGAAGGUUAUCUUCAGGUCCCAUAACGACGGUGAUAGCGUUAAAAUCUCAUUGCCGAUCGAGAAUGUUAUAGACAUAGAGGAGAAUCCUGUCAUUGACUUUGCGCAUACGUUCAAAAUCCGUGUUGUUGAAAGCGGCGAAAGUUAUGCUAUUGAUGAGUAUUUCUUUUCGUUUUUUGAAUGUGGCAAGGAGGCAAUUGAAGUUUUGAAAAAAAUGGCCAAUCAUACCCCAGCGCAGCAUAUUCAACAAGCUAUGCUUGCUCCUGAUGGUGGCCAUAUCUCCGGGUGUCGUCGCUCUCACUCGGUCGAUGUUAUUUCACAUUCGUCCACUCAUGAAACAACGUUACUAGCCGAGGCCGUCAAAGCCACCCUGCGGCCGCUAUCUCCUCUUGAUAGUCAGUAUGGAAGUCCUAAGCAGAGUCAGGAUCUUCCGAGAUCCCAUUUUCGUACGUUUAGCCGUGGUAGGAGACUGCAUAGCCGUGAAUGCAGUGAGGCAGGGCUUGAACAAAAGAGGAGCGAUAGUACAAACAGAGCAAGUGUUGGGGACAAUCAAGAUGAAAGAUCUGCUGGGGGUAAACUGCAGAAUUCUUCGGAUUCGUUUGUUCAGUCGUUAGAACAUGCCACGGAAUCUUCUGCCAUUUUACAGUCUACAAGCGGGACAGUAGAGUCUGCAAGUCAGAUUUUGAACAGGAGCGAUGUAUUUCGGUCGCCCACCAUUCACAGGCUACAAAAUUCAUUGUCUGGAUCUGGGGAAGCGCCCCGACGCCAUUCUGAGGAUACCGCUCGUUUUCCUCCCACAUCCGCCGAUCUUCUACCUUUAAGAACACAGACGACACAGUCGCUUAUGAAACAGGCCCAACAAGAUGCUGGUAGUGACUCUGAACAUGAUUUUCAGCUUCGAAGCGUAGCGCCUUCUGCGUCAUCACCAACUCUUCAGGAACUUAUGAAGGCCGGUUCCUAUCCGUUACAACGUGCGGCAGGGUUCGCUGGAUAUCUCAGAAACCGAUCGAAGCACAUGAGCAACCUUCUUGCAACCGAGUCAAUGGGGUACUUUGAAAAAGUGUCUGGUAUGUGGAUAGGUGGAAAGAGACACUAUGGUGACGGCGAAACUAUCCUCUCUGAAGACAAAAUGGUCGAUCCAGAAGAUGAAGAACAGGGAUGCGAACAUGGUGAUAGAUUUCGCACCCACUUCGCCCUGCCUCCAUCGGAAAAGCUACAAGCUACAUACUUCGCAUAUCUCCAUCGGGUCAUUCCGCUUUACGAAGCAAGGCUCGAAGGUAUGGAUGCACAGCAAAGCUCCCCAACAUUAUCUGCAUCUGUGCUAUUGUCGUCCACAAGCUCGCCCAUUCUCUUUGACGAUCCACGUGUUUCCAUUGUGCAACUUCAAGCCGCAGGAGGCAUUGAGGAUUACAUGUCUUACUAUCGGCUCCCGAGCGACAUAUUGAUCGAAUCCCCGAGCGCUAUGGCUGGCAUACACAUCGCCGAAGCCCUGGGAAUACCAUACUUCCGCGCAUUCACUAUGCCGUGGACCAGGACUAGAGCAUACCCUCAUGCAUUUGCUGUUCCUGAACAUAAGAUGGGCGGUGCAUACAACUAUAUUACCUAUGUUAUGUUUGACAACGUGUUUUGGAAAGCCAUUGCAGGUCAAGUGAACCGUUGGCGGAAACGAGAACUAGGCCUUCGCAGCACCAACCUCGACAAGAUGCAACCAAACAAGGUCCCUUUCUUAUAUAACUUUUCACCGUCAGUCGUCCCGCCGCCCCUUGAUUUCUGCGACUGGAUUCGCGUGACGGGCUACUGGUUUCUGGAUGAAGGCGCUAAUUGGCAACCUCCUGUUGAACUCGAGAAUUUUAUAAAACAAGCCCGAGCUGAUGAAAAGAAAAUCGUGUACAUCGGUUUUGGCUCCAUUGUCGUUUCAGACCCAGCGGCUCUCACUAAGACUGUUGUAGACUCAGUGCUGAGGGCUGAUGUGCGAUGCAUUCUAUCCAAAGGCUGGUCAGAUAGGCUUGGUGACCCUUCCAGCGCGAAAGCUGAGAUCCCUUUACCUCCGGAGAUCCACCAGAUUAAGUCCGCGCCCCACGAUUGGUUGUUCUCACAAAUUGAUGCAGCAGCACAUCACGGUGGAGCGGGUACGACCGGGGCGAGUCUGCGAGCUGGGAUCCCGACGAUCAUCAAACCGUUCUUUGGGGAUCAAUUCUUUUUUGGGUCGCGUGUGGAGGAUCUUGGUGUUGGGAUCUGUAUGAAGAGGCUUAAUGUGAGCGUGUUCUCUAGGGCACUCUGGGAAGCUACACAUAGCGAGCGGAUAAUUGUUAAGGCCAAAACGCUUGGGGAACAAAUUCGGAAGGAGGACGGCGUAGCUACCGCUAUUCAAGCUAUAUACCGCGACCUUGAGUAUGCCAAGACUCUUGUUCGACAACGGUCUCCGACAACAUCAGCCCCCCAGACAGCGAUUUACGCAGUCUCAAACGAAGAAUCAGCUGCUAUGAUAUCAUCCGAGACCGGUCCGGAUGACGAUGGUGAUGGUGAGGAUGAUGCUGAUGCUGAUGCGGCCAUGGAAGACUCAUGGACCUUCGUGGGCGAUGAGACAGAGACUGACGUUACAAAGAAGACUAGAGCACGUGAAAGGGACUACGAUAUCGGCCUUGAUAACGUGGCUACAGCUGGUGUAAUCAAUGGCAGCGGCGGCUGUGGCAGCGACAGUGGAAAAGGAUAG